UCAACCUGGCCUGCCCAGUCCUCUGCCUGCCAUCCCCCAGCAGAUUUAGCUGCUGACAGCUGCUUGGGACUUUGCUGCCAAGCCCUGGCCCAGACUGCUGCCUCUUCUCUCUUUCAGUGACUCCCCGGCCACAGCCCCUCCAUGGCUCAGAAAAAAGAGGAUGUCCCCAGCCACAGCCCCUCCAUGGCUCAGAAAAAAGAGGACGCUGAGGCUUCUGCGCCUGCCUCCCAGAAUGGCGAGGAUCUGGAGAACCUGGAUGACCCAGAGAAGCUGAAAGAGCUGAUUGAACUGCCACCCUUUGAAAUCGUCACAGGGGAGCGGCUGCCUGUCAACUACUUCAAGUUCCAGUUUCGGAAUGUGGAGUACAGUUCUGGCCGGAACAAGACCUUUCUCUGCUAUGUGAUUGAAGUGCAAGACAAGGGAGGCCAAGUGCAGGCAUCCCGGGGAUACCUAGAGGACGAGCACGCCACUGCCCAUGCAGAGGAGGCCUUCUUCAACACCGUUGUGCCAGCUUUCGACCCGGCCCUGCGAUACAACAUCACCUGGUAUGUGUCCUCCAGCCCCUGCGCAGCUUGUGCUGACCGCAUCAUCAAAACCCUUAACAAGACCAAGAACCUGCGCCUGCUCAUUCUGGUGGGGCGCCUCUUCAUGUGGGAGGAGCCCGAAAUCCAGGCUGCUCUGAAGAAGCUGAAGGAAGCUGGCUGCAAACUGCGCAUCAUGAAGCCCCAGGACUUCGAGUACAUCUGGCAGAAUUUUGUAGAGCAGGAAGAAGGUGAAUCCAAGGCCUUUGAGCCCUGGGAGGACAUUCAAGAGAACUUCCUGUACUACGAGGAAAAGUUGGCUGACAUUCUGAAGUAGGCGAUUGGGCACAGCCUCACGCUUGCCUGCUGCCAGAAGACAGCAGUGACAGGUAUGGCCACCUGGGACGUCUGACUUCCUAAUACCACUUGGAGCUGGACACCAUUCGACACCAACCAAUCCUCCUGCCCAAGACCCUAUGAGGAUUCAAAAUACACUUCUCAUGCUGUAAAUCAUCUUAGCUGUGCAUCUUUCUCUAAGGCUGCUCUCAGGGGAAAAAAAGUGAGUUGCAAGGAGAAACAGCAACCAAAUAUGGGCACCAGGUAUCAUGGGGCUGAGGAUUCUAACCAUUAGGCAAAAUGGGCUGCCUAAGGCAGAACCUCAGACCCAAGAUCUGUGCAGAUCUUUGAAAUAUGUCCAGAAAUUCACUUGUGUUUUUUCUAAAGAAAAAUAAGCAGCAACAAUAAAAGAAAUGGUGUGGUUUUUCUGUGA